UACGAGCGUAUCGUCGAGAAUCGCGACCGCACGCAACGCAACCGCAUCAAACAGCUCGAGAACCAGCUGCAAGCCAUCAAAGACCAACUCGUCAACGAACGUCGUCGCAGAAAGGAUGCCACCGACAGAAUGCUCAUCAACGACAUCACUAAACUCUCCAAUAAGAGUUUCUACGGGGGCACUGCCUCUGCCAUACCCUCUGCGGGUGGCAUGAGUCUCGGUGCGGGGGCGGGUGUGGGACCGUCGCUGUAUCCACACUCGGAUUAUGAUUAUAUAGCGAGCCGUGGUUCAUACUCUUCGUAUGGAAUGUCACCACGUAUGGACUUCUCGUCACUCGGCACCGAAUUCUACAGAGCCCCAACGUCAAGCAUCGCGUUCAAGGAACCGGGUAUCGCUUAA